AUGGCGACCACAGUUGACAAGAUCAAAGAUAUCGAGGCCGAAAUGGCCAAGACCCAAAAGAACAAGGCCACGUCCUUUCAUUUGGGUCAACUGAAAGCCAAGCUCGCCAAGCUCAAGCGUGAGCUCUUGACACCCUCGGGUGGUGGCGGCGGCGGCGGUGCCGGCUUCGACGUUGCGCGUACGGGUGUCGCGAGUAUCGGCUUCAUCGGCUUCCCGUCCGUGGGAAAGAGUACCUUGAUGAGCAAGUUGACGGGCCAGCACUCCGAGGCCGCGGCGUACGAGUUCACGACAUUGACGUCCGUUCCGGGUCAGGUCACUUACAAUGGUGCGCCGCUGCAAAUCAUUGAUUUGCCGGGUAUCAUUGAAGGAGCCAAGGACGGCCGCGGUCGUGGUCGCCAGGUCAUCGCCGUCGCAAAGACGUGCCAUCUCAUCUUUAUCGUCCUGGACGUCAACAAGCCCCUGACGGACAAGCGUGUCAUCGAGACGGAACUCGAAGGCUUCGGCAUCCGCAUCAACAAGUCGCCGCCAAACAUCACCUUCAAGAAGAAGGAAAAGGGCGGCCUCAACAUCACGAGCACCGUGCCCCUCACCCACAUUGAUCACGAUGAGAUCAAGGCCGUUAUGAACGAGUACCGCAUCAACUCGGCCGACAUUGCCAUUCGCUGCGACGCCACCGUUGACGACCUCAUUGACGUCCUCGAGGCGAGGAGCAGAAACUACAUCCCCGUCAUCUACGUCCUCAACAAGAUUGACGCCAUCAGUAUCGAGGAGCUCGACUUGCUCUACCGUAUCCCGAACGCCGUGCCGAUCAGUUCGGAGCAGGGCUGGAACAUUGAUGAGCUGAUGGAGGCAAUGUGGGAUAAGCUCAAGCUGGUUCGCGUUUAUACGAAGCCAAAGGGCAAACUGCCAGAUUACUCUCAGCCCGUCGUGCUCCGCUCAAACAGGUGCACGGUCGAAGAUUUCUGUAACCAAAUUCACAGGAGUAUCCUCGAACAGUUCAAGACCGCCAUUGUGUACGGCAAUCACAAUCGUCAAGCGCUGACGAACGCGGCGACGAGCUAA